CGCCGCCAGCCGCCUCCCGGGCAGCAGCAGCAGCAGCAGCGGCGGCGGCGACAGCGAGGGCAGCGGCAGCGCGGGGCCCGGCAGCCGCCGAGGCGGCGUCCCCCCCCUCCCGGCCCCCGCUCCGGCCGCCCCGGCCUCGGCUCCCGCGGGGGACACCAUGUACUGGCUGGCGGCGCAGGGAGGCCGGCGCCCGGCGGGGAUGUUGGGUUAACGGCAUGGAGAACAGUCACCCCCACCACCACCACCAGCAGCCCCCGCCGCAGCCCGGCCCUUCGGGCGAGAGAAGGAACCACCAUUGGAGAAGUUACAAGUUGAUGAUUGACCCGGCUCUGAAGAAGGGGCACCAUAAGCUGUACCGCUACGAUGGGCAGCAUUUCAGCCUGGCGAUGUCCAGCAACCGCCCGGUGGAGAUCGUGGAGGAUCCCCGGGUGGUCGGAAUCUGGACCAAAAACAAGGAGUUGGAGCUGUCGGUGCCCAAAUUCAAGAUCGAUGAGUUCUACGUGGGCCCUGUGCCUCCAAAGCAGGUGACAUUUGCCAAGCUGAAUGACAACAUCCGUGAAAACUUUCUAAGGGACAUGUGCAAAAAGUAUGGGGAGGUGGAGGAGGUGGAGAUCCUGUAUAAUCCGAAGACCAAGAAGCACCUGGGCAUUGCCAAGGUGGUCUUCGCCACCGUGAGGGGCGCCAAGGAGGCCGUCCAGCACUUGCACAGCACUUCUGUCAUGGGCAACAUCAUCCACGUGGAACUGGACACCAAAGGGGAAACUCGCAUGCGCUUCUAUGAGCUGUUGGUCACCGGCCGGUACACGCCCCAGACCCUCCCAGUGGGUGAGCUGGAUGCUGUUUCUCCAAUUGUGAGUGAGACUCUGCAGCUAUCAGACGCUCUGAAGCGCCUCAAAGAUGGCAGCCUGUCUGCAGGCUGCGGCUCUGGCUCCUCCUCUGUCACCCCCAAUAGCGGCGGGACCCCCUUCUCCCAGGACACAGCCUAUUCCAGCUGCCGUCUGGACACACCCAACUCCUAUGGACAAGGCACCCCGCUCACGCCUCGCCUGGGCACCCCAUUCUCCCAGGAUUCCAGCUACUCCAGUCGUCAGCCCACACCCUCCUACCUCUUCAGCCAGGACCCCACAGCAACUUUCAAGGCCAGGAGGCAUGAGAGCAAGUUCACAGAUGCCUACAACCGUCGCCAUGAGCACCAUUACGUCCACAAUUCAGCCGUGGCUGCGGUGGCUGGAGCCACGGCUACCUUCAGAGGCUCCUCAGACCUCUCCUUUGGGACAGUUGGCAGCAGCGGCCCUCCCUUCAAGACCCAGUCACAGGAUUCUGCCACGUUUGCCCAUACUCCACCUCCUGCCCAAGCAGCCCCUGCUUCUGGGUUCAAGUCCGCUUUCUCUCCAUACCAGACUCCAGCACCUCCAUUUCCCCCGCCCCCCGAGGAGCCCACUGCCACAGCCGCCUUUGGGACUCGGGACAGCGGGGAGUUCCGGAGGGCACCUGCACCCCCACCCCUGCCGCCCUCUGAGCCUCCAGCCAGGGAGAAGCCAGGCACGCCUCCCGGCCCCCCGCCCCCUGACAGCAACAGCAUGGAGCUGGGUGGCAGGCCUACCUUCGGCUGGAGUCCCGAGCCCUGUGACAGCCCCGGCACACCCACUCUGGAGUCAUCACCUGCAGGGCCAGAGAAGCCCCAUGACAGCCUGGACUCCCGCAUUGAGAUGCUGCUGAAGGAGCAGCGCACCAAGCUGCCCUUCCUGCGCGAGCAGGACUCGGACACUGAGCUACAGAUGGAGGGCAGCCCCAUCUCCUCCUCCUCCUCCCAGCUCUCCCCACUCACCCACUUUGGCACUAACUCGCAGCCUGGUUUCCGUGGUCCCUCACCACCCUCCUCGCGCCCCUCCAGCACAGGCCUAGAGGACAUCAGCCCAACACCACUGCCUGAUUCUGAUGAGGAUGAUGACCCAGGCCUGUGCCUGGGGCCCCGGCCCCCACCUGAGCCAGGCCCCCCAGACCCUAUGGGUGUUCUAGGCCACACUGCUGAGGUGGCUUUGGACCUGGCAGGAGACAGGACCCCAACCUCAGAGAGGAUGGAUGAGGGCCAGCAGUCCUCAGGAGAGGACAUGGAAAUCUCAGAUGAUGAGAUGCCCUCGGCCCCCAUCACCAGCGCUGACUGCCCCAAGCCCAUGGUGGUGACCCCAGGGGCAGGGGCUGUGGCAGCCCCCAACGUGCUGGCUCCAAACCUGCCCCUGCCCCCCCCCCCCGGCUUCCCUCCAUUCCCCCCACCUCCCCCCCCACCCCCACCACAGCCUGGCUUUCCCAUGCCCCCACCUUUGCCCCCGCCCCCGCCUCCCCCAGCCCAUCCUGCAGUGACUGUGCCCCCGCCACCCUUGCCAGCACCGCCAGGCGUCCCGCCCCCGCCCAUCCUGCCACCACUGCCACCCUUCCCACCAGGCCUGUUUCCGGUGAUGCAGGUGGACAUGAGCCACGUGCUGGGUGGCCAGUGGGGCGGCAUGCCCAUGUCCUUCCAGAUGCAGACGCAGAUGUUAAGUCGCCUCAUGACGGGCCAGGGUGCCUGUCCCUACCCCCCGUUCAUGGCGGCUGCGGCAGCCGCUGCUUCAGCUGGGCUGCAGUUUGUCAACCUGCCCCCCUACCGGGGCCCGUUCUCACUGAGCAACAGCGGCCCAGGCCGUGGGCAGCAUUGGCCACCCCUGCCCAAGUUUGACCCCUCAGUGCCACCACCGGGCUAUGUGCCUCGUCAGGAGGACCCACACAAGGCCACGGUAGACGGGGUCCUGCUGGUGGUACUCAAGGAACUCAAGGCCAUCAUGAAACGAGAUCUCAACCGGAAAAUGGUAGAGGUGGUGGCCUUCCGGGCCUUUGACGAGUGGUGGGACAAGAAGGAGCGUUUGGCCAAGGCCUCGCUGACCCCCGUGAAGUCUGGGAAGCAUAAGGACGAGGACAGGCCAAAGCCCAAAGACCGAAUCGCCUCAUGUCUGCUGGAGUCGUGGGGCAAGGGUGAAGGCCUGGGUUACGAGGGCCUAGGCCUGGGCAUUGGACUGCGUGGUGCCAUUCGCCUGCCAUCCUUCAAGGUCAAGAGGAAGGAGCCACCAGACACAGCCGCCUCUGGUGACCAGAAGCGGCUGCGGCCCUCAACAUCUGUGGAUGAGGAAGAUGAAGAGUCAGAAAGGGAGCGUGACCGGGACAUGAGUGAUGCCCCCUGUGAACUAGCCAAGCGGGACCCCAAGAGCGUGGGUGUGAGGCGCCGGCCAGCGCGGCCACUGGAGCUGGACAGUGGCGGGGAAGAGGAUGAGAAGGAAUCCUUGUCUGUGUCGUCGUCUUCGUCGGCGUCCUCGUCCUCAGGAUCUUCUACCACCUCACCCUCGUCCUCAGCCUCAGACAAGGAGGAGGACCGAGAAAGCACUGAGGAGGAGGAGGAAGAGGAGGAGGAGGAGGGCAGGCCCAGGAGCCGUGUAUCCUCACCCUCAUCCUCGUCCACCUCUGAUAAGGAGGAUGAUGAUGACAGUGAUGACCAGAAUGAUUCUGACAUCGAUGAUCAAGAUCCAGCGCUGUCAGAGGCGAGUGAGAAGGACAGCGGAGAGUCUGAGGAAGAGGAGACAGAGAGCAUCGCCACCUCAAAGGCCGCAGCUGAGUCGGCCUCAUCCAGUGAAAGUUCGGAAUCUUCUGAGUUUGAAUCCAGUUCUGAGUCCUCAUCCUCAUCUUCAUCAUCAGAGGACGAAGAGGAGAUGACUGCACCUGGGGAGGAAGAAGGAGAGGAGGAGGAAGAGAAGGAGACGGCAAUGGCUGCAGCGACAGUAGUGGCGAUUGCCGAAGAGAGCAUGCCUCUGGCAGGUGGCCAGGACUUCGAGCAGGACAGGGAAGAAGUGCCUGUGGGCCCAGGAGUCCCCAUGGCUGAGUCCUUGGGCACAGAAGAGGAAGUGGACAUUGAGGCUGAGAAUGAAGCCCCUGAGAUGCAGGCUGCCCUGCAGGAUGAGCCUCCAUUGCCCGUGGGCGCUCAGGAGCCGGAAGAGAACAAAGAGCCCCCAGAAGAGCCAAGCCCAAACACACCAGAGGACAUGUUGCUCUCUCCAGAGCUCCCUGCCAAGGAGACGGAGGCCCAGCCCCCAUCACCUCCUGAACAUGGUCCAGAGGAGGAUGUGGAAGUGGAGCCCGAGCCGCCUCCGAUGCUCUCCUUGCCCCUGCAGCCACCAUUGCCACCCCCUCGACUACCCCGGCCACCCAGCCCACCCCCUGAGCCUGAGACCCCAGAGCCCCCCCAAGCCUCCUGUCCCCCUGAGCCUCCCCCUGAAGACCAGCCUCCACGUACUCCGGGCCUCUGUGGCAGCCUGGUCAAGUCACAGAGCACAGAGACAGUGCCAGCCACCCCAGGCGGAGAGCCUCCGCUGUCAGGGGGCAGCAGUGGCCUGUCACUGAGCUCCCCACAGGUGCCUGGCAGCCCCUUCUCCUACCCGUCCCCGUCCCCGGGCUUGAGCAGCGGGGGCCUUCCACGGACACCUGGUCGGGACUUCAGUUUCACACCCACCUUCCCUGAGCCCGGUGGGCCCCUGCUUCUGCCUGUCUGUCCCCUCCCAGCCGGUCGUCGAGAUGAGCGCUCGGGCCCGCUGGCCUCCCCCGUGCUCCUGGAGACCGGCCUACCUCUCCCACUUCCCCUGCCUUUACCCUUGCCUCUGGCGUUGCCUGUCCCUGUCCUAAGGGCCCAGCCUCGGCCGCCUACCCAGCUGCCUCCUCUGCUGCCUGCUACCCUAGCUCCCUGCCCAACCCCCAUCAAGAGGAAGCCAGGCCGGCCCCGGCGAUCCCCACCAUCUAUGCUGUCCUUGGAUGGGCCUUUGGUCCGGCCACCGCCGGGGCCUGCCCUUGGGAGGGACCUUCUGCUCCUGCCAGGCCCACCACAGGCUCCCAUUUUCCCCAGUGCACAUGACCCUCGGGCAGUGACCUUGGACUUUCGGAACGCAGGGAUUCCAGCCCCCCCACCACCCCUCCCACCUCAGCCCCCUCCACCCCCACCCCCACCACCUGUCGAACCCACCAAGCUGCCCUUCAAGGAGCUGGACAACCAGUGGCCCUCUGAGGCUAUUCCCCCAGGACCUCGCCGUGAUGAGGUCACUGAGGAGUACAUGGACCUAGCCAAGGCGAGGGGACCAUGGCGACGGCCGCCUAAGAAGCGCCACGAAGACCUAGUGGCCCCGUUGGCCUCACCCGAGCCCUCCCCGCCCCAGCCUCUCUUCCGGCCCCGCUCAGAGUUUGAGGAAAUGACCAUCUUGUAUGAUAUCUGGAACGGUGGCAUCGACGAGGAGGACAUCCGCUUCCUGUGUGUCACCUACGAGCGCCUGCUGCAGCAGGACAACGGCAUGGACUGGCUGAAUGACACACUCUGGGUCUACCAUCCUUCCACCAGCCUCUCCUCGGCAAAGAAGAAGAAGCGGGACGAUGGCAUCCGAGAGCAUGUGACGGGCUGUGCCCGAAGCGAGGGCUUCUAUACCAUCGACAAGAAAGACAAGCUGAGAUACCUCAACAGCAGCCGAGCCAGCACUGAUGAGCCGCCCAUGGACACCCAGGGUAUGAGCAUCCCGGCACAGCCGCACGCCUCCACCCGGGCAGGCUCGGAGCGGCGGUCUGAGCAGCGACGCCUGUUGUCCUCCUUCACCGGCAGCUGUGACAGUGACCUGCUCAAGUUCAACCAGCUCAAGUUUCGGAAGAAGAAGCUCAAAUUCUGUAAGAGCCACAUUCACGACUGGGGCCUGUUUGCCAUGGAGCCCAUUGCUGCUGAUGAGAUGGUCAUUGAGUACGUGGGCCAGAACAUCCGCCAGGUGAUUGCGGACAUGAGAGAGAAACGGUAUGAGGAUGAAGGCAUCGGAAGCAGCUACAUGUUCAGGGUAGACCAUGACACCAUCAUUGAUGCCACGAAGUGCGGCAACUUCGCGCGCUUCAUUAACCACAGCUGCAAUCCCAACUGCUACGCCAAGGUGAUCACGGUGGAGUCGCAGAAGAAGAUCGUCAUCUACUCGAAGCAGCACAUCAGCGUCAACGAGGAGAUCACGUACGACUAUAAGUUCCCCAUCGAGGACGUCAAGAUCCCCUGCCUCUGCGGCUCCGAGAACUGCCGGGGCACCCUCAACUAACCCCCGGGCGCCCCUCGCCCUGGGCCAGGCUCCGCCUCCCACCCAUUUCAGGUGCUGUCCCCUCUCCCCAGCAGCCACGCCAGGGCCUGGCGCCCCCAACACUACCCCAAGGACCUACCCGCAGCCCCAGCCCCGCAGCGGGAAAGGGCUUCUCGGUCUCUCUCCACCCGUGUCUUCUGUUCUAAAGAUGCUCCUGCAGGCUUUCUGUCCCCCUGGAUCUAGCUUUCCACCCCUUGUCCUCUCUCGCUGUCUUCAGCACUAGUCCUUCCCCGUGAAUGCUGCUCUGUUGUGUUGUCUUCUCUUUAUUUUCUUCCUUGUCCUAAGAAAAGACAUUUUAACCAUUGAAAAUGUGAAGGCAGAAUCAGAGGAGGAACCCUGUGGGGCCUGGAGGCCUCAGUGAAACUGUGUGUGGGCCCAGGGUCCAGGCUGACGCCGGGCCAGGUGCUGCAGGAGGAGGGGCCCUCCUUGGCCUCCCCCUCAGAACACUACAAGCCCGGGAGGCCUCUCUGCCUCAGGGUACAGUGCGCAGACCCCACAGUUUCUCCUGGCCUGUUCCCCAGUCUGUCCCUUCCCCUGUGGCUGAGGGUGCCCUUUUCCUGAGGUAGCCCCUGGGGGGGGCUAAGCUGGCCCCAGGCAGGAACUUCCUCUCUGGGUGCUCCCAGCUGCCUACCACCCCCAAAUCCUUGGGUUCAAUGUUUACUUUCUCAUUCGGAUGCCAGCAACGAUGGAGCCUCCUGGUGUCCCCAGUGCGGUGGGGGCACUGGGAAGGGUGUCUCCACUCUCUGCUGCCUCGGCUUUGCCUGGGUGUAGGGGGUGCCAGGGCCCUCAGGGGCCCCCAGCCCUGCCAUUACGGGUUGUCUGACCGUACGCAUGUGACAUUUUUGUUGAUAAGCUUUGCCCCUUUACCCCAACCCACACCCAUGUCACCCUGCUGGUGGCCCCCACUGGGGAGGCCAGAGUAUUUAUUUCCAUAGCGAGCAGGCUACUUCUCCCAGAGAAAGGAAAGUAGUCUUGGAAAUGAUUUUAAAACUCAAAUCUACUUUUGGACAGCUCCUGCGGCCGCCCGCCCGCCCUAUCCCUAUCCUCUUCAGGGUUAAUUUCCACGAUUUUUUUUUUUCUUAAUGUAUAAAAUCAAAAGGAAGAAGAUGAUUGUUUUGGUGUUCAGCACCAAUUACUGUAGAUAGACUGCCAUAGCGGACUUUUUCUUGGGAACUUUGUUUCUUGUAGAAACACAUGGGAAGAAUUGUUUUUUCUUAUUCCUUUUUACUUCCAUACAAAAAAAAAAAGUAAACCAACAACAAACAGACAUACACAAACAGCAAGUCCCGUCCUUUACACCCCCAUCCCCACCCCCCACCCCCACCCCCGAAAGCAGAGCAGGCAUGUAAAUACUUCUGGACCGUGACUGUUGUGACCCGGAGUCCUCACCAAGAUGAAAGUGCUCCGGGUGGGGACGACCCACCCGCAGACCAGGCGGCGGAGCCUCUUGGUAUCUCAGCUUGUGUCAAGCUUCCUUAUCAUGUAAAUUCUGUACAAAGAAUUGUUAUUUUUUUUUUUCUUUCUCUCUCUCUCUCUGUCGUUGGUGGUUUUGUUGUGGUUUUUCUUUCCCUCUGUGUUUGCGUCUGUGCCCUCCGGUCUGAAGGUGAAGAUGAGUGGCAUUAAGACACAGGGUUUCCCUGGGCACAGCGACGACCUUCUCUUCCCAUUUGCAGUUUUUUGCAUAAUUGUGCAAAUGAGAAAAAAUAUUUAUUUUUCACACAAAGAAAUGUGUAGUGUGUAGAGAUGGCUAAUUUGAGUUACUUAGCAGCCCACCUCCAGGGCCUGUCUUCAUCUUGCCUGCUUCAAUCCACCACAGAAGGGUAAGGAUGAAGAUGCUCAGAGGCCAGGGGACAGAUGCGGGCUUCCUGGUUGUGCCUCAGUGAGCCCCGUCACAGGAUCCACGUCCAUUAACCUUGGCUGCCUUUGAAGAAGGGUGAGGUUUGAGGCUGCUCCUCCCCCAAACCCCUGGCUCACCCCCAGGAAUGGUUUGCAAUAAUCCUAAUAUGUGGGCUCGUUUUUUUCUUUGGAAGCUUUUGUUAUCAUUGAAUAGAUCUCUGCUUUUGAAGGGUCAGGGGUUUCUGAUUUUUUUCUUUUUCUUUUUUCCUCUCCCUGCCCCUGCAAAGAAGAGAACCAAUAAAUUUUGGGGUUGUCUGUGCGUAUAGACUUUGUCAUCCAUAUGUAACUUGUUUUUGAAGAGAAGUGUUUCCGUUGUGGGUGUGUCUUGCUGUAAAUAUUUGUUCAUAUUUUUGUGAAUUCAAUACUAUGUACCAUUGUAUUAUAGUAACUUUUAUAAAGCAAACCAUAAAUAUACUGACUUUUCUUACAGA